AUGUCCCGACAGGCAACCCGCCAGAUAUCCCGGCUCCUAGCCCAGGCUGCACGCCGCCCGGCCGCGACCCGCCCGGCCGCUCAACUGCUUCCUGCAGCCGCCGCCGCCGCCGCCGCCGGCCGAAGCUCAGCCCGACCCCCCAGCAGAGCGUUGUCGGCGUCGCCCCUUCGCGGCAGGGGCAUCAUGCCCGAGACCGACAACCCGGCCAAGCACGACGUGGCCGAGGUGCAGACCAGCAUCGGCGUGGCCGACCUCUCCGAGGGCCAGUACCACGAGCUCGCGGACAGCUACCUGGACGCCGUGCUGUCCAAGUUUGAGCAGCUGCAGGACGCGCGGGAAGACAUUGACAUUGAGUAUUCGUCGGGCGUCAUGACCAUCGCCGUGGCCGGCAAGGGCACGUACGUCAUCAACAAGCAGCCGCCCAACAAGCAGAUCUGGCUGUCGAGCCCGGUUUCCGGGCCCAAACGCUACGACUGGUGCAUCCUGGGCGAGGGCCAGGCCGACAAGGAAGGCACCGGUAGCGGGGGCUGGAUCUAUACGCGGGACGGCGUGAGCCUGAGCGAGCUGAUCUUGGCGGAGCUGGAUGUGGCGAUUGAGCCGGCGUCGAGUUGA